UUGUCUGCGGCAGCGGGCGCGCAGCAACGGGUCAGCCACACUCCUUCUACCGACAUUGGAAAGGCAGUGACUCGUUAAGGAUAGAAAUGGGGAGGUGACGUCUCCUCAAGUCCUUGUUUUUUUGGUGCUGGUUUCUUCGUGCCCUUUGACUGAGUCUCACUCUAAGGUCAGUGUCUCGGUUUGGUCCGAGUACAACCCGAGAAUGUCUCACCUAGUCUUCUUUAUAACUAUGUUGGCAUCUCAGGCAACCACGUGAGAGCAUGUACCGCCACCAUGGCGUGUACGCUGCGCUGUGUGUUCACGUGGACCUUCGAAGGGAUCCUGUGUACCUGCAGGUUCCUUUGGGUUUGCCCAUACAAUGCUGUCCGGUUCUUACCAAGGGAAAAUCACACAAUAGCGGAAAAAGGCCGUCAUCACAAACAAUCCAUAGGUUCUGAAAGCAAGAUGGUGGCGGCCAUACCAGGCUGCCCUGACCGCACCGCCGCCCUUCAGAAGCGAUUGGCCAAAACCGAGCACGACAUCUUGUCGCUGAAGUCCAGGAUGGCCUGCGAGAGGGCGUCGUGGGAGAGAAGGUUUGCGGAGCUGCGGAGGAAGCAGGCAGAGCUUUGCAAUCAGGUCAUCUUUGACGCUGCGGCACUGACAGGAGCGCAGAUAAAAGUGGACAAUGGAGACUUAUUUGUGGAGCGCUCCAGCAAAUCCUUCGGCGUCUCUCAGCUGAUGCUUCACGACAGAUGCGCUGAUCUUCCGUCACCAGGCGGCCAGUUAUCUUUGUCGUCAGUGUCAAGCUCCAAUUCUUCCUGCUCUUCAGUGUCAAGUGUGAGAUCAGGAAGAUCUUCAGGACCGCACCGGGUUUUUGUCCCCCACUCACCCUUGGACCUGCAGCUGGGCCACCGGGUCAGAAUCAUGCUGCCGACCGGGCGCAUCAGCACGGGCACCGUUCGCUUCCUGGGCCACCUGCAGGGGGAGCCAGAGCUCCACCUGGGGGUGGAGCUGCAGGCGCCCGACCACGGCGUGAGGGACGGCCACCAUAAGGGACACUGCUACUUUGACUGCAAACCUGGCCAUGGUGCCUUCGUAACUUUCCACAAGCUCCUGAUGGCCUGGGAAUGACCCUGCAUGGCAAGGACACCUUGGACAAAGCAGUAUUGGCAUUUUGGAAAGAGAUACACCACAAUACAAACUCUAAUAUACAGGUAAA